AUGCCGGCCGACCUGGAUAUUAUCUUCAAAGUUUUCGACAGCAACGGAGACGGGAAACUGAAUUGCCUGGAGAUGCACCAAGCGCUCGGAGCCGCAGGCUGCUGCCCCUCAGUGGAAGAUGUGCAGGAGGCUGUCAAGGCGAAGGGAGGAGACACGGGGGACUUGGCCGCGUUCAAGGAACUGUACGCGAAAUACAGCGAGACGACAGUCACUGCAGCAAGACUAACACCACUCUUUUCGGUGGUCGACCCUGCGAAGAAGGGCGUCGUGGAUGUGCGAUCGCUGAACUACCUGCUGACAAACUUCAAUGAGCGUCUGACGCAGGCCGAGGCCGAUGAGUUCAUUCAGGGCAUGCUGGGCCUCCCGAAAGAGGGCACGGUCCCCAUCCCGGACGUCGCCCGGAAAAUCGAGAAUCUGCAGAAAGCGUGA